AUGAUUAGAAUAUAAAAAUGUACAGGAGAUGAAGAAAUUGAAUUAGAAUAAGAUAUAAACAUCUGGUUUGAAAGAAUGUAUACUGAACUAAGUGCUAAAUAAUAAGAAACUAAAUCAAGAAUUGACAAAUAUAAUAUAGAGAUUAAACCUAAAACUAAAAAUCAUAAAAUUUCUUUUAGAGAUGAAAUCAAUCCAUAAGCUGGUUUAGUGGAUAUAUAUGUUGUAGUAAAUUGGAAAACAUAUAAUAUUAAAGAAAGAGAUCCCAUAGAUGAUUGCUUUUGCCAAAUCUCAUGA